AUGGCCAGCGGUGUCAAGGUUAUCGAUACACUCCAGAGGUCAAUAGCGCUCGACAUCGAGCUAUUGGCAAAAUUCAAUGGAGGGACAAAGGCGUUUUUCGUCGACGAUGAGCUCGCCUGGGUGCAGGCCGUGCUCAAGGAAAAGGCCGUCGAUGAGGCGGCCGGCACCGUCUCGAUGCAGUUCGAGCGGACGACCAGCGCAGAUGAGGUCAAGGAGUACCGGUUCGAGGCGACGUUCGACCAGCUGGCCAAGAAAGCCAAGGUGCUGCCGCCACUGUGCAACCCGCCCUUGCUCGAGGGCAUCGACGACCUGACGAACCUGAGCCACCUGAACGAGCCGGCGGUGCUGCACAACCUGCAGAUCCGCUACGAGAUGCACAACAUCUACACAUACUCGGGCAUCGUCCUGGUCGCGCUCAACCCGUUUGCGCGCGUGCCGCUGUACUCCCAGGACACCCUGGAGGCGUACGCCGGGCGCAUGCGCGGCGAGCUGGAGCCGCACCUGUUUGCGAUCUCGGAGGACGCGUUCCAGGGCAUGGUGCGCGACAAGAAGAACCAGACGAUCAUUGUGUCCGGCGAGUCCGGGGCCGGAAAGACGAUGAGCGCAAAGUACAUUAUGCGGUACUUUGCGUCGGCGCACGAGGACGGCAGCGCGCAGGACGGCGACAAGCUGGCCGGCGCCAUCAGCCGCGUCGAGGAGCAGAUCCUGGCGACCAACCCGGUGCUCGAGUCGUUCGGCAACGCCAAGACGACGCGCAACGACAACUCGUCGCGGUUCGGAAAGUUCCUCGAGAUCCGCUUCAACGAGCGCCACGCCAUCGAGGCCGCGUACAUCCGCACGUACCUGCUGGAGCGCUCGCGGCUGGUGUACCAGCCGGCGACCGAGCGCAACUACCACGUUUUCUACCAGCUGCUGGCAGCCGUGCCGGCGGGCGAGCGCGCGCACCUGGGGCUCGAGGGCCGCACGUGGGAGAGCUUUGCGUACCUGGCGCUGGGCGGCAGCGGCACCAUCGAGGGCGUCGACGACGCGGCCGAGUUCAGGGACACCAGCGCCGCGCUGGACGUCAUCGGCUUCAGCGCGGCGCAGAAGACGCAGAUCCACGAGCUGCUGGCCGCGCUGCUGCACGUCGGCAACAUCGCGGUGGCCGGCGCGUCGGAGCGCGUCGGCGCGUCGAUCGCCGAGGACGACGGCGCGGCGGCGACCGUCGUGCGGCUGCUGGGCAUCGACGGCGCGCUGUUCCGCAAGUGGCUGACCAAGCGGCAGAUCGUCACGCGCAGCGAGAAGAUCGUCAGCAACAUGACGCGCGCGCAGGCGCUGGUCGUGCGCGACUCGGUGGCCAAGUUCGUCUACGCGCACCUGUUCGACUUCAUCGUGCGCACGAUCAACGUGUCGCUGACGGGCGGCGGCGUGCAGGGCGCGCCAGCGUCGUUCAUCGGCGUGCUGGACAUCUACGGCUUCGAGCACUUCGAGCACAACUCGUUCGAGCAGUUCUGCAUCAACUACGCCAACGAGAAGCUGCAGCAGAACUUCAACCGCCACGUGUUCAAGCUCGAGCAGGAGGAGUACCAGCGCGAGCAGCUGGCCAACUGGACGUUCGUCGACUUCCAGGACAACCAGCCGUGCAUCGACCUGAUCGAGGGCCGGCUGGGCGUGCUGGCGCUGCUGGACGAGGAGAGCCGGCUGCAGCAGGGCUCGGACGCGACGUUCGCCGAGAAGCUGUACAAGCAGUUUGCGCCGCCCGGCAGGCCCGACCCCGAGACGCCGGCGGCGUUCUUCCGCCGGCCGCGGUUCGGCGCCGACAAGUUCACGAUCCGGCACUACGCGCACGACGUGACGUACGAGGCCGACGGCUUCAUCGAGAAGAACAAGGACACGGUGCCCGACGAGAUCCAGAACGUGCUCAAGGCCACCAGCGGCGCGCUGCUGGCCGCCGUGCUGGCCGCGCCCGAGGCGAGCGAGCAGCAGCAGCAGCAGCACCAGCAGCACCAGCACCAGCACCAGCACCAGCACCAGCCGGCCGCGCCGGCGGCGCCCAAGCUCAGCGUGCGCGCGGCGCGCAAGCCGACGCUGGGCGCGGUGUUCAAGCACUCGCUGGUCGGGCUGAUGGACACCAUCGAGGCGACCGAGUCGCACUACAUCCGCUGCAUCAAGCCCAACGAGGCCAAGUGCGCGUGGCAGUGGGACGCGCCGAUGGUGCUGGCGCAGCUGCGCGCCUGCGGCGUGCUCGAGACCAUCCGCAUCAGCUGCGCCGGCUACCCGUCGCGGCUGCCGAUCCCCGAGUUCAUCCACCGCUACGGCGUCGUCAUGCAGCCGGCGCCGGCGCCGCCGCCGCCGCCGGCCGCGUCCGUCGACGAGUGGCGCGCGCUCGCGUCGGCCAUCCUGCGCGCGGCCUUCAGCGAGAGCGACCGCUACCAGGUCGGCCUGACCAAGGUGUUCUUCCGCGCCGGCAUGCUUGCGCUGAUCGAGAAGCAGCGCGUCGAGCGGCUCAACACCGCCGCCACGUCGCUGCAGCGGCUCGUGCGCGGCUCGCUGCAGCGCGCGCGCUUCCUGCGCCAGCGCAUCGCCGCGCGGUCGCUCCAGGCGCUGGCGCGCAGCCACCUGGCGCGCCGCCACCUGCGCCGGCUGCGCGACACGCGUGCGGCGCUGCUGAUCCAGUCGCGCAUCCGCGGCCACCUGGCGCGCCACGCGUUCGCGCGCCAGCGCCGCAGCGUGCUGCUGAUCCAGGCCUUCUUCCAGGCCAUGCGGCGGACGCGUGCCGCCACGCUGCUGCAGACGCGUGCCAGGGGCUUCAUGGCGCGUCGCGCGCGCCAGCGCGAGACGUUCCUGAUUACGCGCAUGCAGGGCCGCGUGCGCGUGCGCAUGGCCAAGCAGCAGCUGCAGCAGCGGCGCGAGGAGAUGCGGUCGGCGCAGCACUUCAAGGACGUGACGUACAAGCUGGAGGGCAAGCUGAUGACGCUGACGCGCCAGCUGGACGAGUCGCAGGCGCGCGUCGUGCAGCUGACCGAGAAGCUGCGGCUGGCGCAGGACGAGGUCAAGCAGAUGCGGCAGGCGCAGGACGCGACCAUCGCCAAGGCCACCGGCUCGCUGACGCAGCGCGUGGGCGACCUGGAGCAGGCCAAGCACAAGGCCGACGAGCUGUGCCGGGAGCUGCGCGUCGAGGUCGAGGCCACGCAGCGGGCGCUGGAGGACGCGCGCAGCGAGGCUGGCGUCGAGCGCGAGAGGGGCGUCGAGGCGCGCACCGAGCUGCAGAAGAAGCUGGGCGAGCUCGAGGCCGAGCUCGAGGCCAGCAGGGCGCAGCUGGCCGACGUCAAGGCGCAGCACCAGCAGCAGAUGCUCGUGCUGCAGCAGCAGGGCGGCCCGAUGCUGGGCCAGCAGAAUGGCGCGGCCACGCCCGGCCAGCAGGCGCCCGAGCUGGCGUCGAGCAUCAAGCGGAACGACGCGGCGGCGGCCAGCCGCUGGCGGGCCGCCGCCGCAGAGCUGGCCACCGGCUACGACCUCGACCCGAGGCCGCCGGCCACGGCGCCGACCAUGGCCCGCCAGCAGCAGGCGCUGCCGCCCAUCCCGCCGCAGCCGCAGCCGCAGCCGCAGCAGUCGCAGCAGCACCAGCAGCACCAGCACCAGCACCAGCACCAGAAUCCGCAGCUGCAGCAGCGCCGCCCGCACUCGGUCGACCAGGCCCCCAGCCCGACGCUCAUCGAGUCGUCGAGUGCAAGCAAGCGCUCGACCAUCGGCGGCGACGAGGGCCGCACGCUGGCCAAGAUGCUCAGCUCGCUGGGCAGCGGCUUCACCAACUCGGCGGCCCUGGCGCAGUCGGUCAUCCCCGAGGACUCGCUGGAGGACGAGGUCUUUGAGCUGCGCAACGAGGAGGAGGUGCGCGAGAUGCUCGAGCACGAGGAUGGCCUGGUCGCCGAGGUGCUGAACGAGCUGAUCGGCGACCUGCAGGUGCCGCUGCCGAACCUGGACGCCGAGUACUCGCCGCCGGACCUGCUGUUCCCCGCGCAUCUCAUCGGGCUGUGCGUGAUCAAGAUGUUCCAGUACAACCUGGCGCGGCGCAUCGACCGCCUGCUCAUGUCGACCAUUGCGCGCGUGCAGAAGAAGACCGCCGCCUUCGAGUCCGACUACACGUCGGCCUUCUGGCUGUCCAACGUGUUUGAGCUGCUGUCGAUCAUCAAGACGUCGAUGACCGAGCACCAGUCGUCGACAUACGAGUACGCCGAGAGCGAGCGCGCGAUGAACGACGGCAUGCAGUACCUCGAGUCGCUGCUCUCGGACAUAUACUUUGGGUGGAUCAAGGACCUGCAGAAGCGCUUUGUCAAGCUGAUCAUCCCCGGCGUUGUCGAGAGCGAGGCCCUGCCGGGCUUCACCGCCAGCGACUCUGGCUUCUUUAACCGCCUGAUGGGCACAGGCCCCAGGGAGAGCACGGUGAAGAUCGAGAACGUGCUGAGCUUCUUCAACCACAUCUGGCGCACAAUGGAGUUCUACUACGUGGACCAGGCAAUCAUGCGCCAGAUCAUGUCCGAGCUGCUGUGCAACAUUGGCGUGACCGCCUUUAACAACAUCAUCAUGCGCCGCAACUUUUGCUCAUGGAAGCGCGGGAUGCAGAUCCAGUACAAUCUCACGCGCAUCGAGGAGUGGUGCAAGACCCACACGGUGUCCGACACCACGCGCAAUCUCGACCGCUUGCUGCAGCUGGUCAAGCUGCUGCAGCUGCAAAAGUCGACCGAGCAGGACAUCGACAUUAUGUUUGAGGUCUGUGACCUGCUCAAUCCGGCACAGAUCAAGAAGCUGCUGUCCAUCUAUGCCGUGUCGGAUUACGAGAACCCGAUUAUUGGCCCCGUUAUGAACGAGGUGACGAAGCGCGCGGGUCCGUCGGAGAAGGUGGACAAGAUCUUGUUGGACACGAACGACCUGAAUGACCAGGUGCUCUACCUGACUGCGCGCAAGGUGCCGGCGAUCGAGACCUAUAUUCCGCCAGAGUUCCGGAUGCCCAGGAUCAGAGCCCUGGUUGAUUCGCAGACUGAUAUGGCGUAUGAUGAGGAGGAAGAGGAAGAGGAAGAGGAUGAUAUCGUUGACGGAGCUGAUGACGAGUAUGGUGUGCCGCCGUAUAACCAUAUAUCCGGCGAUAUGGCUGUGGUACCGGCGGGGGGCUAUUCCAAUUAGUUGGAUGUAUUGUUAACGGUAGGAUAGCCGUAUUAGUGAUAGCGUUAUAUAUAUAAUCAUUUGUUUUGGUCAAUGCAUAUUUGAGUUUAUCACAGCA